AACGGCGCCGUCAUGGAGGAGAAGCGCAUCGCCGACUACUUUGUGGUCGCCGGAAUGCCGGAGCAUCCGCAGCUGCUGCAGGAGAACAGCUUCAAUGACUCGGGAAGAUUGCGGGCAGCCAGCACCAUCGAACCGAUCACGGAUAUCGGCGUCUACUUUCCGCUGCUCGGCGAGGAGGUGCCCGAGGGAUACGAGCUCCUUGCCCACACGCCCACCGGUCUGCAGGCGAAUCUCAACCACGGAUCGGUCCGCACCACCGACUGCUACAUCUACUUCCGGCGGGGCAAGGAUCGCCCCCCGCUGGUGGACAUAGGAGUCCUGUACGAUGGCCACGAACGGAUCAUGUCGGAUGCGGAAAUCGUGGCCGAGACUCCCGGCGGUCGGGUGGCCAACGUGAACAACUCGUCGGCGAAGACCUUCCUCACCUACCGUCGUGCCCGGGCCGACAUGCCCUGCAACGAACUGGUGGUCACCGAGCUGUGCGUCAUCGUCCAGAGCAAAGGGGAACGGGCUCCGCACGCCUUCUGCCUGAUCUACAAGACGCUGAACAAGGGUUAUGUGGGCAGCGAUGUCUAUCUGUGCUACAAGAAGUCCAUGUACCGGCCGAAGCACAUCAGCUACAAGCCGGAGAUCCUGCUGCGCUACCCCACCGUCGAUCACACCGACUUCCCGCUGAAUCUGUGCCCCAGCGUGCCGCUCUUCUGCCUGCCGAUGGGCGCCUCCCUGGAGGCCUGGCCCCACGUCAACGGCACCGAGAAGCGCAAGCCCAUCAGUCCGGUGUUCAGCACCUUUGUGCUCACGGUUAAUGAUGGCACCUACAAGGUCUACGGAUCGGCGUUGACCUUCUACGAGGAUUACGAUGAGUCGCAGUUGUCGGCGGAGCAGAAGGAGCUGCUCGGUUGGAACGAGGAGUUCGGUGGCCAGCACUCGCUGCACAUGAUCAAGGCCAUUUGCCUGCUGUCGCAUCAUCCCUUCGGCGACACCUUCGACAAGUGGCUCAAGUACCUGCAUCGCAUGGUGCUGUAUGGCGUUAAUAUACCCAUUCCCGUGGAGCGCUACAUCACCCAGCUGCUGGACGAAGUGCCCUUUCCGGCGCCCAGCAUCCAUCUGCAGCUGUCCAGCGAGUCGAACGAUCGCAUUCUGCUCACCCAGCCGGAGGAUUCGCCGCUGCCGCGUAGUGGCGCCGGGUUUCACAUGCUGCUCCAGAAUCUGGGCACCGACAAUUGUCUGCAUGUCCUGCUCCUCGCCCUCACCGAACAGAAGAUACUCAUCCACUCACUCAGACCUGCCACCUUGACUGCUGUGGCCGAGGCCAUUGUCUCCCUGCUGUUCCCCUUCAAAUGGCAGUGCCCCUACAUCCCGCUCUGUCCGCUCGGCCUCUCGGAGGUGCUCCACGCCCCAUUGCCUUAUCUCAUCGGCGUGGACUCGCGCUUCUUCGAUCUGUACGAGCCGCCCACGGAUGUCACCUGCAUCGAUCUGGACACCAACAACAUAAGCCUGUGCGAAUCGCAGCGUCACCUGUCGCCCAAGCUGCUUCCAAAACGGGCCGCCCGGCUUCUCCGCCAGACGCUGACCGAACUGGAGAACGCCAAGCCCAUCAGCUACGACUCCACGAACAGUUUGGAUCGGGACAUCAGGAAGCGGAAGCGGGAGUUGGUGCUGGAGCAGCGCAUCCAGGAGGCCUUCCUGCUCUUCAUGGCCAGCAUUCUGCGCGGCUACCGGGACUUUCUGGUGCCCAUUUCCAAGGCGCCAUCGGUGGGAGCCACCGAUCCGAGUGCCCUCUUCCAGCUGAAGGCGUUUCUGCGAUCGCGGGAUAAGUCGCACCAGAAGUUCUUUGAGCUGAUGAUGAAGACCCAGAUGUUCAUCCGGUUCAUCGAGGAGCGCUCCUUCGUCUCGGACGGCGAUCAUGGCCUGAGCUUCUUCGACGAGUGUGCGGAAAAAGUGGGCAACUACGACGAGACGCCCGCUCAGCUGCAUUUGGUGGACUGGGACACGGGCCAGAAUAGCGAGCGCACCAAGUAUAUCUUUCCGCCGGACAGCGUUACCCCAGCGGGAGGAGGAGGAGGAGCAGGAGUUGGCCUCGCCUACAACUACGAGAACUUUACGCUGCAGCCGGAACUCCUGCAGAGCGGCAAGAAGACGGCUUUAUCGAAAUUCCUGCAGCUGCAGCUCAACGCCUCCCUUUCGCCCGGUUCGCCAAUUGCCCGGCGCACCAAGCACGAGAUCAAGCUCUCCCAGAAAAUGGCCAGCCGUUGCCAGCAGCAUCCGGAGGCUUGGUCCAAGUACCUGCUGGCCACCUGCUACUCGCUGUACUUCCUCAUCCUGCCCUCGAUGGUUUUGGAUCAGCGGCAUGCGGGCAAGGAGCCCGAGAUUCUGCGCGCCGCCUACGAUGUUCUCGUGCGAGCGAGUCGCCUGAAGAUCACCUGCGAUGAGUUCUGCUACCGCAUCAUGAUGCAGUUGUGUGGCAUCCACAAUCUACCCGUUCUGGCCGUUCGUCUGCAUUAUCUUAUGAAGCGUUCGGGCGUGCAGGCGAAUGCCUUGACCUAUGGCUUUUACAAUCGCUGUGUUCUGGAGUCCCAGUGGCCGCAGGAUAGCACUACGUUGAGUCAGAUUCGCUGGAAUCGCAUCAAGAACGUGGUUCUCGGAGCGGCGCAGUUUCGCAAGGCGGGCAAGCAGAGGGCCGCCUCGAAGGUGAACAAAUCGCUGAGCGCUUCGCAGGAUCAGAACCUCAGCACUUUGGAGACGGUCGAUGGACAGUCGCGCACCAGUUUGGCCUCCUCUACGGGCGGCGAUGGAGGAGGAGGAGGCGGUGGUGGCCAUGGGCUGCUCGACUUUGCCUCCUUCGAUCGGCUGAGGAACAAGCUGGGCAGCAUUGUGCGGCAGACGGUGACGGGUGGGAAUAACGAGGCUGGAAGUUUGCUUAUCCCUGGCGAGAGGAGUGCACCCAAUACACCGACCUAUGGCGGUGAUACCGAGAUCCUGGCCAAGGCCCUCCAGCAGCAGCAGCCGCGCAAACAGAUCAUGAGCAUUGGCGGCGAUGACGACGAGGAGGAGGAUGAGGAAGAGGAGGAGGAGGAUGACUACACCACUGGUUCGCCGAGCACGCCGCAAAAGCAACUGGAGGCGGGCGGCGAUGGGCUGGAAUACGCCGCUGGCGGGGAUUACGAGGCGGACGAGGAGGACGACGAUGAGGUGGAUGAGCAUGUGGCCGCACAGCGGGCGCGUCAGCGGGUGCAGAGUCCAACCAAAAUCUCGCCCCGCACGCCCGUAACCCAAAACGAUCCGCUGGGCGCUCUGAACGAGGAGGAGUCGAGUGCCGCCAGUGCCACGCCCACACAGCAGCAGCAGCAGGAGGAUCAGCAGGAUCAGCAGCAGUCGCAGAUCGAUAGCAGCAUGUACACCGACAAGCCGAUCCUGUUCCGCGGCCAGAGGAGCGCCACCUUCGACGAGUCCACGCAGAUCGGCAAGAGCAUGCACCGCUCGGAGACGAUGCCGGUGGCCAGCAGCGGGGUGACCAACAGCCUGGCCAACAUCGGAUCCUCGCUGAAGUUCACGUUCGGACGUUAUUCACCCGCACGAUUGUCCCUUAAGAAAGACUUGAAAUUGCCCGCCAAUAUUAUAGAAAAUAUAUCGAGCAUAAGUCCCAGCCUGACGGGCAAGAAGUCGAACGAGCUGAUCCAGGGGAGCCUGAGCAGCAUCAAAUCGGCGGCCAGUUCGCUGACCAAGAAGUUCGACGAGAUCAAGGGCGUGAUCUCGGCCAACUCGACGCCGACGAAGACGAACAACGGCCACCAUCAGCAUGGCCUGCAUCAUCCGCACCACCACCACCACCACCAUCAUCUUCAUCAUCAGCAGCAGCAUGGCAAUCCGGAGCAGGAGGAGCACGACGCCGCCGUCCACGAGGAGGGCAAGUUGCGUCGCGUCUCCAGCGACCUGGAUCCCUGGGGCCGACUGAGCGAGUCGCGCAAGUCCAGCUACAACAACUUGGUGCCGCUGGGCGAGAAUAGCUCCACCGGCGCCCUCCACAUGCACGCCUUUCCCGCUCUGCCCGACAAUCUCUACAGCCUGAUUGGCGAGAGCGCCGCGGAUCGAGAGUGCGAUGUGCUGAUCCAGCUGACAACCUGCUCGCAGUGCCACAACUGCUCGGUGCUCGUCUACGACGAGGAGAUCAUGAGCGGCUGGACGGCGGAGGACUCCAAUCUGAACACCACCUGCCAUGCCUGCAACAAGCUCACGGUGCCCUUCCUCAGUGUCCAAAUAGAGCGUCAAUCGGAUCAGUUGGAUGGCAACGAGGAGGCAGUUUCCAACGGCACCAGCCACAAGUCCAGCCUGACCGUGCCGUAUCUAAAUCCGCUGGUGCUGCGCAAGGAGCUGGAGAACAUACUCACCCAGGAGGGCGACAUUGCGCUGAUCAAGCCGGAGUUCGUCGAGGAGCAUCCGAUCAUCUACUGGAAUCUGCUCUGGCUGAUGGAGCGCAUCGAGAGCAAGACGCACCUGCCGGAGCUCUGUUUGCCCGUGCCGAGCGACAAGGAGCACAUCGAUCCGCUGAGCAAGGUGAAGACGGUGCACAUCCAGUGCCUGUGGGACAACCUCGGUCUGCACACCGAGGCCAGUGGUCCGCCGAUGUACAUACUGUACAGGGAGACCCAACCGCUGCUCACCGACCAGGCGCAGCUCAACAAGAAUGUCAUUCAGCAAAUCAUUUCGGCCAUUCGGUGCAACGACUUUGCCACUCCGCUGAAGCGUUUGGCCAACGAGCGGCACAAGCUGAAGAGCAACGGCGUGGAGCGAUCGCACUCCUUCUACCGCGACAUCCUCUUCCUGGCCCUCACAGCCAUUGGACGGGCCAACGUGGACCUGGCCACAUUCCAUCGCGACUAUGCGGCCGUCUUCGACAAGCUGACGGAGCGGGAGUGCAAUAUGUACUAUCGCAACCAGGAUCUACCGCCCUCGGCAUCGACGAUCUUCUGCCGCGCCUACUUCCGACCGCUCCUGCUGCCCUGACGCAGUGACUCGCAGCUGGAGGAAGAGGAGGGGGAGGAUGAGGAGGAGGACACAUGAUUGAAGGCGGUACCCUAAAAGACAAGACGACCAAAAAAUUGAGUAUCAAAAAGGAUGGAAGGACAACAAAGCGCUUAUCAAAAAGAAGAACCUUAGGCUGGGUCGAUUUUAUAGAUUGGACAAUUAUUAACUAAUUUUUUUUGUUAGAAAUCAGAGCUAUUAUUUACAUUGUAAAAGAACGAAGAGAACGGUAUUUCGGAACUAUUCCUAGUAGGCUACAAAAAAGUAUAAUUG